UCCGCUCCAGAGCGAGGCUGGGCCUGUACCACCGGCAUUCCCACAAAGCUGUGCGGGGGAAACCAGUAGAGAGCCCGAAGGGUAGAGAAAAAGGAACUGGAAAGAAACAGAUCGCGUCUUCUCGACAAAAAUACCUUAUAAGAUAUUUUAAAAAUGGCCGAUAACGAGAAACUGGACAACCAGCGGUUGAAGAAUUUCAAAAACAAAGGUCGGGAUUUGGAGACGAUGAGAAGACAGAGGAAUGAGGUGGUGGUGGAACUGCGGAAGAACAAACGGGACGAGCACCUGCUGAAGAGACGGAACGUCCCGCACGAAGACAUCUGUGAGGACUCCGACGUGGACGGGGACUUCAGAGCGCAAAACACAUCUUUAGAAGCAAUAGUGCAGAAUGCCACCAGCGAUAACCAGGGAGUGCAGCUCAGCGCCGUCCAGGCCGCCAGGAAGCUCCUGUCCAGCGACCGCAAUCCGCCCAUCGAUGACCUGAUAAAAUCAGGUAUUCUGCCCAUUCUGGUGCACUGCCUGGACAGAGAUGACAACCCCUCUCUGCAGUUCGAGGCUGCUUGGGCUUUGACCAACAUUGCGUCAGGAACGUCGGAGCAGACGCAGGCGGUGGUGCAGUCCAAUGCUGUUCCCCUGUUCUUGAGGCUGCUGCACUCUCCACACCAGAAUGUGUGUGAACAGGCUGUGUGGGCCCUUGGAAACAUCAUUGGUGACGGGCCCCAGUGCAGGGAUUACGUGAUCAGCCUGGGUGUGGUCAAACCCCUGCUGGCCUUCAUCAGUCCGUCCAUCCCCAUCACCUUCCUGCGCAACGUCACCUGGGUCAUGGUCAACCUGUGCCGCCACAAGGACCCGCCCCCUCCCAUGGAGACCAUCCAGGAGAUCCUCCCUGCUCUGUGCGUUCUGAUUCACCACACGGAUGUAAAUAUCCUGGUGGACACAGUCUGGGCUCUGUCCUACCUGACGGACGCUGGGAACGAGCAGAUCCAGAUGGUGAUCGAUUCCGGAAUCGUCCCUCACCUGGUGCCCCUUUUGAGCCACCAGGAGGUCAAAGUUCAGACGGCGGCGUUGCGGGCCGUGGGGAACAUCGUGACGGGCACAGACGAGCAGACCCAGGUGGUGCUCAACUGUGACGCUCUCGCCCACUUCCCCGCCCUGCUCACCCACCCCAAGGAGAAGAUCAACAAGGAGGCGGUGUGGUUCCUAUCAAACAUCACCGCAGGAAACCAGCAGCAGGUGCAGGCGGUGAUUGACGCUAACCUGGUGCCCAUGAUCAUCCACCUGCUGGAUAAGGGAGACUUCGGGACCCAGAAGGAGGCCGCCUGGGCCAUCAGCAACCUGACGAUCAGCGGGAGGAAGGAUCAGGUGGCGUACCUGAUCCAGCAGCAGGUGAUCCCGCCCUUCUGCAGCCUGCUGACGGUGAAGGAUGCCCAGGUGGUGCAGGUGGUGCUGGACGGCCUCAGCAACAUCCUCAAGAUGGCCGACGACGAGGCCGAGACCAUCGCCAACCUGAUCGAGGAGUGCGGUGGUUUGGAAAAGAUUGAGCAGCUCCAAAAUCACGAGAAUGAAGACAUCUAUAAACUGGCGUAUGAAAUUAUCGAUCAGUUCUUCUCGUCUGAUGAUAUCGACGAAGACUCGAACCUGGUGCCAGAGGCCAUUCAGGGCGGGACCUACGGCUUCAACUCCACCAACGUGCCGGCCGAGGGGUUCCAGUUUUAGGAGGCGUCUCUGAUCCUGGAGUUUGGUCGUGGUGCAGCACUCUGUUCAACAAAAAUUAGGAGAGAAAGUGAGCGAAAGAGUGAAAGGAAUUAGGUCCAUUGCGCUUGGCUCAUUGGGAUCUUUGGCUGCGUCUGAUGGGAGAGAAGUGUGUGGGUUUGGGUUUGCUCCCCCCCCCCCCGAGGGGGGGGUCCGCCCAAAUGAACUUGCGAUGGCGAGUGGAUGCAAGUGCGAAUGAGUGGCUAAAUGUUGCAAAAACAUCUACAAACCGAACGCUUGGGAAGACCUCUCGCCUACCUAGCGGUUACCGGAGGGGUCUUACCUGACGGCAAAUAAACACACAAACAGGCGUCUAUUGGAGGGAGCAGAGGCCUCGCUCUACCAAUUGGAGGAAAAAAAAACAAACUAAAUGAAGAACCAUGUCAUAGUUCUGUGGUCCUGUGUGCUGGGGGCGGGGCAUGUGGACAGGCUCCGCCCCCGUGUCCUGUACGGCCGUGAUGACUGACUGUGAGUGUGUCCGGCCCGUGUGUGUGUGUCCGGCCCGUGUGUGUGUGUCCGGCCCGUGUGUGUGUGUGUGUGUCUGGCCCCUGUGUGUGUGUCCGGCCCGUGUGUGUGAGUGUGUCCGGCCCGUGUGUGAGUGUGUGUCUGGCCCCUGUGUGAGUGUGUGUCUGGCCCCUGUGUGAGUGUGUCCGGCACGUGUGUGUGUGUCUGGCCCGUGUGUGUGUGUAUGUGUGUGUCUGGCUCGUGUGUGUGUGUGUGUCCGGCCCAUGUGUGUGUGUGUCCGGCACGUGUGUGUGUGUCUGGCCCGUGUGUGUGUGUGUGUGUCUGGCCCGUGUGUGUAUGUGUGUCUGGCCCAUGUGUGUGUGUCCCCCGCACGUGUGUGUGUGUCUGGCCCAUGUGUGUGUGUGUGUGUAUGUGUGUCCGGACCAUAUUUGAUUGUGUGUCCGGCCCAUGUGAUGAGGAACCAGGUUCAUCUCCUCUGACACCCUCCUCCCCCCGGGUCCCCCCCCCCCCCCUCAUGCGGGGGCGGGCGGGGGUGGGAUUCCAGCAGCGUGACGCGUGUGCGAGAGAAUGUGACGGGUGUGUGUGCGUGCGUGCGUGCGUGACUGGGUGUGCAAGGCCGUGGUGCGGAACGCAUGCGAGAGAGGAAACGCAACAGAGAGAAACGCAGGAGAGCUAAAAAAAAAUUAAAUUAAAUUAAAAUAAAUGACAAAAUAAAUUUUGGCCUCUGAGCAAAGGCUUAUUAAAAUAGGAAUCCCAACAUGGAAGAAUGCCUACAUAAACUAUACAAACCGAAUAAGAGGGUGUCAACACCAGGUUUAAAAUGAGUAUUAACUUACGCUGGAGGAUGGAAUUGGCAGGUGCAUUCAGCAAAGAUGCAUUCAGAUGCAUUGCAUUCUGGGAAUAAAAUUUCAAAUCCAGUGUGUAACCUUUUUAUUUGGUUCUUUUUUUUUUUUUACUGCUUUUGUUUUCAACGCUUGUGUAGUAGUGAGUAAUUUUAAGGAAGGCCCCAUUUUCCCCAGUCCCCUAUACCUGUAUCACACCAGAUAUAACCCUAAUCCUGUACCUAUAUCACACCAGAUAUUAGUUUGAUGCUGUGAAUAUCCAUGACGUCACACCUCACCAAGCAAAUAACUUAUUUGUGUGUUCCCUUCCUGCAUGAAUAAGUGGUUUUCUUUUUCUUUUUCUUUAAGCAGAAAGAAUCAUCGUUUUUUGCAGUACUGUUGUCAUAACAAUGAGCUUCAAUUUGUCACAAAAAGAAUAAGAAAAAUAAUGGCCAUUUUAAUGUAACAUAGUGAAUAAUCUCUGCAUGUACUGAAUUACAGCAUAGUGGAGUUUAGGGGGUUAUUUUAGUUAGGUUCUGUACACAGUGUAAUUUUUUUUUAGAAUACUGUGCUGUUUAAAUGUUACUUGUUUCUUGCCUCCUGCCCCUCUUUCUGAAUUUAGUUUUAUUUUCAAAAGCAGAAGGAAAUGUGAAGGAUUUGCACACGGCAGUGGGGGAGUGAGGGCUGUGGGUGUAAUGUACAGAGGGGGGUGCAGCCCCAACCUUUAACAAUAAGCAUAAUCCUUUUUGCCCUUUGUUUUUUUUAUUGUUUAGACGGCUAUGUCAGUCCCAUGUUGAGCCACUUUAUGAGAAUGUUUUUUUUUAAAUGUCGAAAAGAUUUUCUAUUAAUUGGGCUGUGUGCGUACCUGCCUAUUGGCCUGGAGGUAUUCUUCACCUGGCGGAUAAUUAAAGGCUCUGAAGCCUGGUCUCUGUAAGGUGGCUCACUGGAGGAAAAGCUGUGCCUUUAUUUGAGCACAAUGAUGCAUGAACAAGUUUGCUAUACUUCAGUACAUCCCAGGGCUUCCCCCUCUAGCUUGUUUUUUUCUGUUAAGUAUUUUUCCUAACACUGUAGAAAUGAAUCUUUGUGGUCAUAACUUUUUUUUUUUUUGUUGGACGUAGGGUAUUUUUGCAGCAUUCCUUAUCUGCAAAGAUGUGGUUUCAAAUAAGACAGAAAAAGAUGGUUUGCUUAACCUGUUGAAAUUAGUCUACAGGCUAGGUUGUCUAUAAGGAAAUAAAUAUUGAAACCUCGA